UAAAAUACAGGGGGUAGGGGAGACACCCUUGGAAAGUUGAUUGUUUUCUCGACAAAUGAAGACGGCGCAGGUAAACAGCGGCUGUGUUUUACUUUCCUUGGAGAGUUCGUCGAUACUGUUGCCUUCCGCCGCGGCAUUCGGGGUUCACAAGGUGGGUGAUUCCCCAUUCGCAAAUACUCUGCAGUAGAAGUGCCUGCUGCUCUCGUGUCUGGACUUUACAUCUCGUGCUCACAAGACAAAUAUAGACGUCGAGCCAGAGACACGCUGAGCAGCAGCAGCAGCCGCAAUUAAACAGUAACAUCGAUGGAACGUUCCUCAGCCACAUCUGCUUAUCGUGGUGCUUGCUCUGGUACCGAGGGAAUCCCCGGGACCGAUCCGAAACGUCGAUGGUGCGCUUUCGUCGCUUUAAAUAGCUUUCUCUGAGGCUGCAACAUCAACCAGUUCAGCCUGAGAUCUCUUCCCGUGUGGAGCAAAUCGAUUCCCAGUGCAUCUGUGUCCGAAACCAAAAGCUAACAAUGAACUUCACCAAGCUGUUCAUCCUGGUGGCGAUUGCGGUCCUGGUGGUCGUUGGCGUACAGCCAGUCGAUGGUGCGCCGCGGUGGAAGUUCGGCAAGCGGUUGGAGAAGCUCGGACGCAAUGUGUUUCGGGCGGCUAAGAAAGCGCUGCCCGUCAUUGCCGGCUACAAAGCUCUUGGAUAGGAUGUGGCUGACUGAUCCCGACCCGACCGCUCAACUAGUGAUACAGAACAGCAAACGUAGCGCAGUGACACCCUACUCCUAAUGGUAUCCAUUAUCAAAAUGUUUCACUGAUCAACCCGCAGUGGUAUUAAUCGUAAGACUGAAAGAGGUCACCGCCUCCGCCGGUUCGGUGGAGUGAUAUUGGCAAACAGCUGCAUCGACAAUGUCCACGUUUUACUGUGUGUGUGUGUGCGUGCGUGUUUGUUUGGUCUACUGAUUUACAGUAUUUUUUUAUAUAUAUAUAUAUCUGAGGGACAAUAAAUAGAGCAUAAUAACGUACUGAA